GUACUCCUUGAAAUUUCAGUCACACAAGACCUAGUUUCUCUCUCUAGAAGAGACUAGACUAGAUCUCUUUCUCUCGUUGCAAUGGCGGCGGCGAAGAGUAAUGGUGACUCGAAGCAGAGAGGCUCGUUGGGUGACAUGGACGACGUGGAGAAGGUAUUCAAGAAGUUCGACGCGAAUGGCGACGGGAGGAUCUCGGUGUCCGAGCUGGAAGCGAUACUGAAAGCGCUCGGCACGGAGACGUCGCCGGAGGAGCUGCAGCGGAUAAUGGCGGAGAUCGACAAGGACGGGGACGGCUUCAUCGAUUUCGAGGAGUUCGCCGCCUUCCACGGCGGAGGAAACGGAUGCAACACCAAAGAGCUCCGGGACGCGUUCGACAUGUACGACACUGACAAGAACGGCGUGAUCACGGCGAGUGAGUUGCACGCGGUGUUGAAGAGCUUGGGAGAGAAGUGCACGUUGAAGGACUGCUCGCGGAUGAUCAGCUCCGUCGAUAUGGACGGUGAUGGCAGCGUUAACUUCGAGGAGUUCAAGAAGAUGAUGACUAGGUCUUGAUUUCUCGAUUUGAUUCUAUGGAGAAUCAGACGAUGUUAGGUUAGGUCUCAAUUAGCUAGCUAAUAUGAUCAAAUUGGAUAUAUUUUAAUAUGAUCGAAUUGGGAAAAUAUAUAUUUUUAUUUUAUUUUAUUUUUAUUAUUGGGUUGUUAGUUAAUGAAGUUAGAAGAAGGUUUGAUUAUUGUGAGUGGUUCGUGAAUGGAAAAGAAAGUUGCUUUA